CUGGGAGUGACUGUGACAGGAGGAAGGGGACAGAGAGACAGAGAGCUGAAGAAGCCCUCGCAGGACUUCAUCACAUUUCUUUAAGGACUGCUCGGACUGGAACGGACCACUAACCGAUCACUAAACCUGGACUGAUUAUCAAUAGCGGUGAUUAGUUGCGGAGUGAGAUCUGUUGUGAGAGACUCUUGGAGGAGCAUGCGGCUCGGUUUACUAUUCAGGCUCUAUGUGCUGUGGGGCUUUGUGGUGGUCACGACCUCCGUGACCAAGUCUGCCAAGAGGAAGGUGGCGGGCAGAAGGUCAAGACAGGUGUUUGAGGUGGAGCCUGUGGAGGGGGUGUGGUCUGACUGGGGGGAGUGGUCUGACUGCUCUCAGACCUGCGGCGUGGGCGUCUCACAGAGGAGCAGGAAGUGUUUACCUCCUCCACCUCAACACAACCCUCACCUCUCCCAUUCUCCACCUAACUGGGCAGGCUAUUUGCCCGGGGGCAUCGAAGGUCCUGUCAUCUCACCUGUCCACCCCUACUACCCUCCUCGUUACCCCGGGCAACACCAGCCUUAUCACUCCCCGUCUGUCUCCGCCAAUCACAACCCAGGAUUGUCUCUGUAUCGGAAUACCAACACAGCGGGAGGAGGAGGAGGAGGUGGUGGAGGAGGAGGAGGAGGAGCUCCUCUACCGGGACAGGCCAAUCCAAACCCUUCUUUUUACCAGCCAGAAUUCUCCCCAACCAAUCAAGAACAUGUGUCAGUUUACCGAUCUCCCUACCACGCUCCUUCUCACGGCUACAACCAGCCAGCACGCACUAUCAGGAGGCCGACCAAUCCAGGAGCAGCGAGGGCUGCAGGGAGCAGAAGGUCAGUCUCCACCAAUCGGGAGGGUUUGCCUGCGAGGAGGUCUUCUGCCAUCCGUCCAGGUCAGUUUGGGUACGGCAGGGUCCCGUUCUCUCUGCCUUUACACCGUCCCAACCGGCAGGUUCGCCACACUGUUAACGGCACCGACAAUGAAGACGACACAGAGAACAACAGGAGAGAGGAAGAAGUGACAGGGAGUGAUGGAGAAGACAGGGAGGCGGGGAGGCGCCUGGAGGAGGAGAGCACCAAGACGCCUGCUGCUGAGGAGUUUCCCACGAUGACCACCACAACUGGCUACCCACACCGCCACGUUGACAGACUCCCACAAACCAAUACAGAGCACAGGAGGGCAAGAGUCCCACCCUCUCACCCUUUCUCACGCUCCUCAUCGCCAUCUCUGCUUCCCAACCGCCACCGGUUUGACUGGCACUCCGUCACCGCACCUCCUCCUCCCAUCCCUCCUCUCUCCCGCCCAAACUCUCCUGCCUUGCAGUCACCUUUUUCAUCUCCUCUCCACCGCUCCAGCACCAUGCACAGACAGACAGACAGGGAGCUCCACCAAGGCUUCCCACCUGCCGGCAACAUCUACCCACUGCAGCACCCCCACAACCCACACCUGGGAGUGGAAUCCGGCAGGGAUGGAGAAAGAGGAGCUCAGGUGUACAGGUGCUCUGGGCCGGAGAAGGAGUACCAAAGGUGUUUCUCGCAGGUGUGUGGCGGAGGUGCGUUGGACUCCAGAGCAGAGCAGUGUGCAGCCUUUAACACCCAGGAGUUCAUGGGUCGCCUCUACAACUGGGAACCUUUCACUGAGGUUGGUGCGGACAAACAAUGCGAGCUGACAUGCAGACCUGCCGGCUAUCGUUUCUAUGUCCGCCAAGCCGAGCGAGUCAGGGACGGGACUCCCUGCUUCAAUGUCACCGCCAACGACGUGUGUGUAGAGGGACUAUGUCUGACCGAGGGUUGCGAUGGGGUACUGGGCUCCGGCUCUGUGAUUGACAAGUGUGGAGUGUGUGGUGGGCGGGAGAGCUCCUGUCGAAAGGUGACGGGAAGCUUCCAAAAUGUCACGGUUCCCCUUGGUUACCACAAGAUCUUGGACAUCCCGCCAGGAGCAACAUUCAUUAACAUCACGGAGAGACGAGCCAGCCCUAAUUACCUGGCCAUGAGGAGUGGCACGGGGGCUUCCGUGGUAAACGGGCGUUGGGCUGUGGACCCUCCAGGGGAGUACCAGGCGGGAGGGACUAGCUUCACUUACACUCGACCCAGAGCACAGGCGGAGGGGGAGGAAGAGAAAGGCGAGUCCCUGGGGGCUCCAGGACCCACCAGCACACAGCUCCAGCUAUAUAUCAUUUUCCACAAGGAGAACCCAGGUAUCGACUAUGAGUUUUAUAUCCCCGUGGAGAAGAAGGAGGUAGAGAGGGAGAGGCUGACGGAGAGAGAGAGGGAGGCACCUAGAGAGAGGCCGAGGGAGCGAGAUCCAGGGAGGGCACCCCUUCGCAGUCCUCUCAUUGUGUCAAUAGAAAACCCUCCUCCUGCUCCUCCUCCUAUUUCGGUCCCAUCUUUCCCCUCCACCUCUGUGUUUUCUCCCCCCUCCUCGGACCGAUGGCCAUCUGAGAGGUCACGUCCUCGAGGCUCUGCACCCAAUAGGAAUGCUCGGAUCCCCCCUCGCACUGACCUGCCACCGGACACUCAGUCGCCAUUUGUGUGGAGGAGAGGAGAACUCACUGAGUGCUCUGCUUCCUGUGGCAAAGGAUCUCAGAGCAGAGUCAUUCUGUGUAUAAACCGCCAUACAGACGAAGAAGUCCCGGAGAGGAAGUGUGACUCUGCAGCCAAGCCGGUUCCUGAGGAGGAGCAUUGUAACAUACAUUCCUGCCCACCCUUCUGGGAGGCCAGUUCAUGGUCAGAGUGCAGUGUGUCUUGUGGUCCUGGGCUGCAGCAGAGGCAGCUCCAGUGCAGGCAGAGCUUUGGGAACCGAUCCACUAUGGUUCACCCGCAACGCUGUGCGAACCUCACCCCGCCAGAGUCCACGCAGGCAUGUCAGCUCAGCCUCUGCUCCCACUGGGAGGUCAGCUCCGACUGGAGCACGUGCUCAGUGGACUGUGGAGUUGGGAGAAGGACGAGGAGUGUGCGCUGCCUCAGCGAUCAAGGCAGUGUGGUGAACGAAAAGGAGUGCAACUCCCGGGCUCGCCCACAAGGAAGUGAUGAGUGCAACAUGGGCCCCUGUGUAACCAACUGGUACUUCACUGACUGGUCCAACACUUGUUCGGCACAGUGCGGCCCCGGGGUGCAAAGGCGGGAGGUGGUGUGUCUGACUCGAGGAGGGGUCAGAGAAGGCGGAGGAGGAGGGGACUGUGUUGGGGAAAAACCGGCAGAGAUGAAGGCCUGCAACGGGGGUCCCUGUGUGCCAACAGCCAUGUGGUACAGCAGCCCCUGGACUCAGUGUAAUGUCCAAUGUGGGAAUGGAACUCAGCGAAGAUACAUCAUUUGUGUCCAGAAGUUGGGGAAUGAUUUUACUGUUGCACCAGCCAGUGUGUGCUCUCACCUGGACAAGCCUACCGCGGUCCAAGAGUGUGAGAUGGGAGAGUGUGAGCCACUGUGGUUCACAACAGAGUGGAGCGCGUGCUCACGUUCUUGUGGGAAAGGCUUACAAAUGAGGGAGGUACGCUGUCUAACACCAGACAAAAAGCACAGCCAUGAAUGUGAUUUGAAGCCCAGACCUGAAAAGGAGCAAAUCUGCAACACAAUACCCUGCAGUCCACAAGUCUCAGAUGAAAAUUGCCGGGACAGGCGGCACAACUGUGUGAUGGUGGUUCAGGCCAGGAUGUGCGUCUACACCUACUACAAGACCGCCUGCUGUGCCUCGUGUACCCAGAGUGCUCAGCGUGCCAAGAGGCACUAACCAGCCAAUCACAGACAGUCCAGGUGUGAAAGAAGUCAAGGAUUAGUUCAGAAAGGCUGAGAAGCGAAAUCUGUAGAAAUGGUUAAACCAAGAGGAGACAUAAUCCGUGUGGUGGCCGUCAGAUAACAUUUAGCUAUUUUCUCCUGAUUCUUCAGGUAAAACACUGUGAAAGCAGCCAGUUCCCUUUUCCAGUUCUCUUUAUACGAUUUCAUAUUGUCUUUUAGAAACUACAUAUCCCACUGAGAUCACAUCUGUUUACUUUGUGCGUUAGCUUUAACAGGUUUGUAAUGUGUCACACGGGGCUGAGUGAGGCAUUUGCUGUGAUUUCAACUCCUGGAGGCUGAUUUCUAAAGCUGAGAGAUAACGGAGGUGCUCACUUAGGAAAUUUAGGUAAUUUAGUCUUUUUUAAAGAUUCUCUUUAAUCUACAGGAUCUCAUCAGACACGCAUACCACUAAUUAUGAAAAGAAACGUGCAAAUAAUUCCUGUGUGUGCUAGAUAAACUGUGUAUACUACGUGUGCUGAAGAUCUACUGGAAUAGAUCUACUGUGUUUCUGUACACUGCAGACCCCCAACUAUGCUAGAAGGAUUUCAUUAACACGUCUUAUGUCUUUUUCUGUUUGCCAAAAAUAUUUCCUCAAGCGUCCUCUUAUUGUUCAAUUCAGUAUUUGGACAGAUGAACCAAAGGAGUGAGGUGACCAUGGCAGCAAGUGACCAAAUAUAUCAGAGGGGGCAGAAGUGAGAUUCUUCCCAAACAAGAAGGAUAAUUAGACAUGGAUGUUAAACAAGCAGCACACACUGUGCAGUCCUUCAACGUAUUCAUGUCAGUUACAUAUAAAUGUAGUUGUUUUAUAGAGAGCUGUUGGAGUUCUUAGGUGUGAAGACUCAUAGCUGAAGUUAUGUGUUUACUAAACAUAAGAUGCUCACUAAAUAAGACAAAACAAUUAAUGAUUAAAUGAUAGGACGGGUGUUGUUCUAUACUUUUCUUCUUGUCAACAAAUCACAUGAAAUAACAUGAAAAGAGCAAACCAACAAUGUGUUGGAUGAUGCAAAUCUAUACAGAUGGCUUCCAAUUGUAUAGGUUUGUUUUGUUUAAAUGUUCAGUAAUUUCCUUUAACAGCUAGGCACUGUAGUUUUGUUUCAAAUGUCACUCAAACAAGAGAAAUUAGUGCAUUUGUCAGGGAAUAUUUCCAGCUGCGUAUUAACACAUGGUUUUAAGAAGGUCUUUUUGUGGUUUUUAAACGAUGUAACUCUAUGACACAGAGAUUAUAUAAAGCUACUCAGCCAAUACAUGUUUUUUCAUGGGAUUUCUUAACAAUAAGAAAACUAUAGAAUAUCGCCUUUAACCGCAAACUUGACGCAGUGCAAAAGGUUUGGAGAUGUAAAAUGAUUCACUCCUCACUGACCUAAUUUUGCAAUUUAGUAAUCACGGCACCAUGACAAUUGUGCCGUGGCAUGAAAACCCUCACCCUAACAUCUUUAUGUCGUUCCUGUUUCCUCACCUCAUCUCAAUUUCUUCUUUGUUUGCAUCCAUCACCUUCUCGGGAGGGGAUGAUGAAUUUGUCCUUUGAGAGUAGGUGAAGCCAGAAUUAGGAAACCUCAUGUCGAGUGAGAAAGCUGCUUUCUUACGACAGUCUUUUAUUAAGUUAGUUUAUGAUAAGGAUCAAAUGCAAUCAUUCUGCUUUGACCAGGAAGUAAAUAUUUUUGCAUUGUGAGGUAGAAACCUCUGUAUGUGUGUGUAAGUACUCUUUAUGCUUUUUCUCUCUUUCUCUUGUAUGGACUGUUUUUACUUUGCUAUUUUUCUCUUCCCAAGAAGACAUACACACACAUUACACCCUGCCCACUCAAAGGUGAGGAGUCUGUAUAUUUGUCAGAUAUGUUUUAAUGUCUAUAAUUUCUUUGAACAUAGUUGGCGCUUAUGUUUUAUAACUGAGUAGAGUUAUCAGAAGUGUUGUUGUAGACUGCAUUUAUUCACAUAACUGUUAUAUAGCUAUUUUGCAUUUGACAAGAGAAUCAGUGACUUUAACGUGCUCGUGUGUGUGUGUGUGUGUGUGUGUGUGUGUGUGUGUGUGUGUGUGUGUGUGUGUGUGUGUGUGUGUGUGUGUGUGUGUGUGUGUUUUGUGAUCGUGGCUUUGAAUGUGUCAUUCUUGUCUCUAAUCCCUCGUAGUAAAAAUUACUUUUUAUAUAAAAACAAAAAAGGAUAUUAAUUUAUCUAUUAUCUAAAGAACAUGUAAUUUAUUUUCUUGUUUUAAGAAGCUGUAGCAAAUUGUCUUUGUUACCACCAGAGUUUAUAAGAUUGUUAAUGUUGAUACACAGACUUUUUUUAUCUUGCAAAAACAAAAAACAGUGUGAAAAAAUUAUCUCAAAGCUUCAUUUUAAAUAAAACAACACAUAAAUUAA